AUGGCGGAGUACGUAGCAGUCGGUGACAAGUUCACGUCGCCAGGUUUUAGUCCAACAAACUAUGUAAAGAACUUAGUCGAGAGCUCGGUCAGGAUCGAUGCAAUACUGAAUGAGAGACAACAGAUUGCUAACCUUGCUGACGAAACGAACAACUUGUUGAAGAAAAAUGUCUACAAGAACUACAUGCAGUUCAUUGAGACUGCGAAGGAAAUCUCUUACCUGGAGAGUGAAAUGUACCAGCUUAGUCACAUGCUUACGGAGCAGCAGAAUGUCAUGCAGUCUCUGCAAGAAAUCUCCAUCACAGACAGCAAAGGCUCCACAAAUAACGUGUCUGCGCCACAGAAGACAGAGGAAGACCCGCGACGCAGUCUCUCCACUCUGUUGGAAAAGGUCGAAGGUUGCACUCGCCUGCUUGACGCAAAAGACAGGCACAUUGUGCGCACUGGCGAAAUGACGGAGGUAAGAGAAGAUGGCGCGGAGUGCAAAAUUUACAUUGUUCUGCUGUCCGACGGGCUGCUGCUCGCCGACUGGCUGCCUCACAGGAGGGGCACUGUCCAGUAUCGGUUCCAAAUGCUUUAUGAGCUAGACAAUCUGGCAGUAGUCAAUGUGAAAGAGGACCAGAGAUCUAAGAACUGCUUCAAGAUACUGACAUUUCCACACGCACGACAAUUCCAGUGCGAAACUGCCGCCGAAAAGAGAGUGUGGAUGGAAGCAAUAGAGCAGACAAAACAAGCCAAGAUGGCUGCUGUUUCUCUCAAAAGGGAAUCAGCCUUGCUUGACCCAAAGGGCAGCCUUCUCAGCAUCGACAACAACCCCUUUGACGAAGAGGAAGCUGAGGAGUUGUACGAGUGCGAAAGCGGAGCAGUCCUUCCCGAAUGGUUGUCCGAACUUCCGGAGGACCUUGACGUGUGUGUGGCUGAGAGAGAUUUCGAAGGUGCUGUCAGCCUGGUUCUGAAGACUGAGGAACACUUCGCACUGUACCCGAACGCCAAGCCUCUAGAAGAGAUGAAGUGACGAAUCGACUACCGUGUCAAGCACCUGGUUGAUGUCUUGACCAAUGAGCUGCACGUCUCGCCGGGCCGUUCUCUCCAAGGUGGGCCACGAGCAGCACGCCGAGCCGUCAGCUUGCUCAUAAAGCUGGGCAAAUCCUCGCAGGCUUGCGACCUGUUCCUGAAGCACCGCAGCGCCAUAUUGAAAUACUCUAUGCGGCAGCAGAAGAUGGAAGGUGCCACUGCGCCAUACAUCAAGAAAUUGUGUGAGCUGUUCUUCAGCAGCAUGGUUGAGACCGGACAAGAGUUCACUCAGGCGUUCAGCACCAACAACAGCUGUGCUUCUUCUUUCGUCGUGUGGGCUAAGGACCAACUUCAAAACUUUGUCAAGCUCUUCUCAAACCACGUGUUCACCACCCAAGUCUCCCUCUCAGUGGCGACCGAGUGCAUCCUGGCUGUCCGCACGCACUGCGAACGGCUGUGGGAGAUAGGUCUGGACCUGUCGUUUUUCCUGGAGAAGCUCCUCAAGAACGACGUCGAGCGAAUCAUAACGGACUCUAGGGACAAGGCGCUGGAGGCCAUCAAACUGAGAGCGGCAGAAGAUCGAUGGCGACCGCAGAACCUAUAUAACAAGGCGGGAUUACAAAAGCUGAUUGAUGACAUGAACAAUCUUGGAAUCUCCGAUAUUUCUCCGUAUGUAUAUGAUGAAUGCUGGGUGUCCCUCUCGUCCAACACAGUGUCCUUCAGCAAGACCUUUUUGAAUCUUCUCGACGACCUCCUCAAGCUGCACACGCAAGUCACGCGAGUUCUCAUUCUGGAAUCUCUGGCGACCACCUUCCGAGCGCACCUGCGUCACUUGGAUGCCUCUUUGGCAAACAAGAGCUUCAAGUCGGAUGUGCCAUUAAUUCAAAAGAACGCAAGUUUCUUGCUGGAAACAUUGCUGGAAGUCGCCGAGAAGAGGUGCGACGCCAAGCUGCCACACCUGUCUUCCUUCUGGAAUGAACUUCGUCAAGAGUUUGCCUCGUGCGUGCCACCAAAGACCAACAACAAGGGUGUCACGAAGUAUCCGGCCGUUGCAUUUCUUUGAUGCCGCGAACUACCAGUGGGACUAUUCUUCAGACCAAGAGUUGCUUGCCAUUAUUUAUUUGCUUAGGAAAAUAAAAAGUCAUUUAUAACAAGUC